AAUGUACUCUGGAAUCUGGAGCAAUGGCGGUGUAAUUCGGGUUUCCUUUUCACUUCACCGGGUCGUUGUUCUGCUGCGUGAAUGUAUGUACAAAUGUACAAAUCAUCUACAUAGUCAGACACAUGAUGAUGUUAUAAUUUGGGCUAUGAAUUUGUUGUCUAGAUCAAUGAAAGUGUAUGCGUCAUGCGCGCAUUUAAUGUAAAGUCUGGAGUCGCAUGGCGUAAGGAGGAGCGGCUUUUACGCAAAUGUAGAUUCUCAUUGAGUCUGUCCAAUGAGAGAACGGCUGAAGUUAUUAUUUUAUAACGCCAGACAGCUGCAUGGUGUAAAUAGGCCCUGUAUCUAGAACAAUCUGAGGAGGUUUUCCACGAUGGCCAUGUCUCUGGCUGACAGAGCUCUAGGAGCCAUCAUUGGAUCAGCUGUAGCCGACGCAGCAGCCCAGCCCCUGCACUGGGUGUACGACCUGGAUAAACUGGAUGGCUUCCUGAAUGAGGCCCCUACACCUGAGUUCAGGCCCAAGUCAGCCAACCCUUUCUACCGCCGUGACACGGGUAACCAGAGCUGCUACGGGGACCAGGCCUUCGUGUUGCUGGAAUCACUGUCUGAAUGUGGAGGUCUGAACGUCAAUGAUCUGAGGAAGAGGACGUAUAACUUCUUUGGGCCCAGGUCCGAGUAUGACACCCCUGUCAAUGACCCGUACAGGGAUAGGAGUGGACCCAGACCCCAGCUGCCCAUUGAGGGACCAUGGCGACAUGGAAGUAUAAAGAGCUAUGAAAACAUGGACGCAGGCAAGGAAGAAACAGGAUGUGAGACGGACUUUCAGCCGGAUGGCAUAGCAAAGCUGGCUCCGAUCGUUGCGUUGUAUGCUGGGAAGCCUGACAUGUUGGAGAAGGUAGAGGAGGCUGUCCGAGUCACGCAGAACAAUGACGCGUGUGUGGCUGAGACACUGGCAGCAGCAAGGAUCCUAGAGCAUUUCAUCCUGAAUGGUCCUGAUGAGAAGGUCCUAGAUUCUGUGCUUGAUCAGCUCACUGACCCGAACAGGAAACAGCCACAGGACUUGGACAAAGCUGUGGUUGGCCACAUUUACCAGGUGAGGGAGAAUCUGUCCAAGGCUCACCAGGAUCUGAUCCCCAGUGUGUUCCCCAACAGCUGUGGUUUGCCUGGUUCGUUCCAAGCGGCGCUGCAUGGGGUCCUGACGGCUAAGGAGUUUGAUCAAGCUAUCAGGGACACCAUGGUGUGCGGAGGAUGCACCUGCAGCAGGAGCUCAUUCAUCGGUGCUUGUCUGGGGGCUCAGAUUGGGCUUCAAGGCAUCCCUAACUCAUGGAAGACCAAGACACUACGGUACAACUCUCUCCUGGAACUCGGCAAAAAAGUGACUGAACGUUAUCACCAAAUGUAAUCCAACUACUUCUGACCGUUUAUUAUUCACAUUCUAGAUGACCACGUAUGUAACUUUAUUACCACCCGUUCCCACUAUCUUCACUGACUGGUGCACUUUGACAGAACAUUAAAUGAAGGUCCCAGCCUAAACUAGUGGGUUGGAACUGGAUGCUCUUUAUUCUGUUGACUCGCAGCAUGUUGUAUGAAGAUGUUUCUACUUGUUAUUUUCAAUGAAGGCAUUUCUAUAAUAAAGCCAUCCUUAUAAACACU